AUGACUAACUCCGUUGCUUCUCUUUCCGUCUGCUGCCUGAUUGUGCUUGUGCUUCUGCUUCCUGCUCCACAUGGCGCCUCCUCCCAUACAAGCCACGAGCUAGGGUCCGGACAAUUUUUUCCAAAUAAGACACAUGGCAAGUCAUCUGGCAACUCACAGCAGGCCUCCACGGUGUCUACUGCAACCACCACCUCCUCGUCGUCCAUCGCAACUGGUCUACUAGGAAACAACAAGCUACCCAUAGUGCACCAGCAGAGCCCAUGCUCGCCGUUGCACGGGCUGCCAUCCCUAACGGCGGCAGAUGGCUUGCAUCACGAUGCCUCCCUCAUCCGGCGCCGUUUCUCCUCAAAAUCAUCUCCGGUGGCUCCACCGGCUUCAUCGCUGGCAGUGACCAUAAUCCCCACCAAUGGCUCGUCGGACCCGACGAGGAAACCGGUCACGCUACAAUACAGUGUGCUCGUCAGCUACGGCACGCCGGAGCAGCAGUUCCCGGUGUUGCUCGACACCAGCAGCAUCGGCAUGUCCCUGCUCCGGUGCAAGCCGUGCGCCUCAGGUUCCGACGACUGUCAUCUGGCAUUCGACACGUCGCGGUCCUCGACGUUCGCGCAUGUCCUUUGCGGCUCGCCGGACUGUCCUACCAACUGCUCCGGCGACGGCGAUGGCGACUCCUUCUGCCCGCUCGACAGCACGUACUCGAUCAUCGACGGCGCUUUUGCCGAGGACGUGCUCACACUGGCGCCGUCGUCCAAGGCCAUCGAAAACUUCAGAUUCGUCUGCCUGGACGUGGAUGAACCUGAUGACGACCUGCCGGUGGCCGGAACCCUAGACCUCAGCCGCGACCGCAACUCACUGCCGUCACAGCUGUCGUCGUCGCCGGGGCAGGCCACCGCCGCCUUCUCUUACUGCCUGCCGAAAUCCCCGAGUUCCCAAGGCUACCUCUCCCUCGCCGUCGACGCCACCGUCAGACACGACAAAGUCACCGCACACGCCCCACUGGUGAGCAACGGCGGCGACCCGGAGCUGGCGAGCAUGUACUUCAUCGACCUCGUCGGGAUGAGCCUCGGCGUCGACGACAUCCCGAUCCCGCCGGCGGGGAGCUUCGGCAACAAUGGCGUCAACCUGGACCUGGGGACUACCUUCACCAAGCUGACGCCGGAGGUGUACAUGACGCUGCGCGACUCCUUCAGGAAGCAGAUGUCGCAGAACAACCACUCGUUGCUAGGGUUCGACGGCUUCGACACCUGCUUCAACUUGACCGGGGUGCGUGACCUCGCCAUGCCGCUCCUCUGGUUCAAGUUCAGCAAUGGCGAGAGGCUGCUAAUCGACCUGGACCAGAUGCUUUACUACGACGACCCCGCCGCCGCUCCGUUCACCAUGGCGUGUCUCGCCUUCUCCUCCUUGGACGCCGGCGAUAGCUUCUCGGCCGUGAUUGGGACGCAUACGCUGGCGUCCACGGAGGUGAUCUACGACGUGGCCGGAGGAAAGGUUGGCUUCAUCCCACGGAGCUGCUAA